AUGGUCACCUCCUUUCCCCACCCCCUUUCCGGCCUCUCGAUCCACGAAACAAAUCGGGCUCGAGACCUGGUGCUCAAGCUGCACCCUGGGACCGUUAUCGAUUUCCGCGCCACUUUCUUGCUUGAGCCGCCUAAAGCUGAAGUAAAAGAAUUUCUAGAGCUGGAGCAUGCCGACAGAAUCACAUCAGAUACCCCACGUCCAGCACGGCUGGCGCAGGUCCGAUACGACGUCAUUGGCGGAUCUAAGGCGGCAGAAUAUCACGAGUCCGUCAUUGACCUCCUAAAAGCCAAACGCAUCAGCCACCAAAUCAUUGGACCUGAGCAUCACGCAGGAUUGACCGUAUUCGAGUUUGAGAAGCUGGUAGAAUGUGUGAAAACUUCUUCCCUCUUCCAAGAGAAGCUCAAGGCUAUCCAGCUGCCUCCCGGCUUCGAGCUCGUCGUUGAGCCAUGGCCUUACGCCAGCGGCAACCCGGACUCUAACUUUUACGCAUUUCCCAUUCCCUUGAUACCCAUCAUGGACGCGAGGAAGAAUGAGAUACCGGAAGGGCCAAGCUUCACCAUCUCGGACCCCAAUCUCAUCGAGUGGCAGAAGUGGCGCAUGAGGGUCACAUUCAACCCACGCGAAGGUGCAGUCUUGCACGACAUUCGCUACGACGGCCGCAAUGUGCUCUAUCGACUGAGCAUCAGCGACAUGACGGUGCCAUACGCCGACCCAAGGGCCCCUUUCCAUCUGAACAAUCUCACCCUCGGGUGUGACUGCUUGGGCGUCAUAAAGUACUUUGACGGCGUCUUGACGAAAGCAGACGGCUCGGCCGAAGUCACCAAAAAUGUCGUUUGCCUACACGAGCAGGACAAUGGCAUCAACUGGAAGCACACCAACUGGCGGACCGGGCGAGCCGUGGUGACGCGUCGCCGCGAGCUCGUCGUACAGUUCAUCAUCACGCUCGCCAACUACGAGUACAUUUUUGCUUUCAAGUUUGACCAGGCAGCCGGAAUCGCAGUCGAGGCCCGGGCAACGGGAAUCGUCUCCGUCGUCAACAUCGACGCCGGCAAGACUGCUCCCUGGGGCAAUGUGGUCAGCCCCGGAGCCCUGGCGCAGAACCACCAGCACAUCUUUUGCGUUCGAAUCGAUCCCGCCAUCGACGGACAUCGAAACACGCUGGUGCAGGAGGAGAGCUUGCCCAAUGGCAUGGACAAGCGCACCAACCCCAACGGAAACUACUACGAGGUCCGCCAGACGCCCAUCACGACAUCUGUGGGAGUCGACCUCGCACCCUUUAACAAUCGCGUCUUCAAAGUCCAGAACCUGUCAAAGCGGAACCCCGUCAGUGGCAAGCCGGUUGGCUACAAGCGCGCACUCUUCGCCCAGCAUCACAUAUGGGUGACUAAUCGCGAAAUCGGCGGCGUGGCCGAUGCCGCGGCACGGAAGGAAGACAUUUUGGACGAGGAUAUCGUGGUCUGGAGCGUCUUUGGCCUCACACAUAACCCUCGAGUUGAGGACUGGCCGGUCAUGCCUGUAGAGAUGCUGCAGGUGGACAUUACGCCGUCAGAUUUCUUCACCGAGAACCCAGCACUCGACGUACCCUCAAGCGCCGACAUUGGCUCUAAGAGGGUGCUUGACAGAUGCUGCGCGGAUAAAGGCUUGUCCAAGAAACCAGGCGAGAAGUCGCGACUGUAA